AUGGAGCUCAAAGUGUGGGUGGAUGGGGUCCAGCGCAUCGUGUGCGGGGUGACGGAGGCCACUACCUGCCAGGAAGUUGUCAUUGCUCUGGCACAAGCCAUCGGUCGCACGGGUAGAUACACUCUUAUAGAGAAAUGGAGAGACACAGAGAGACACUUGGCUCCCCAUGAAAAUCCAGUGAUUUCAAUAAACAAGUGGGGUCAGUACGCCAGUGAUGUGCAGCUAAUUCUGCGACGUACGGGACCAUCGCUCAGCGAAAGACCCACAUCAGACAGUAUAGCUCAUGUACCUGAACGGACUUUGUACAGGCAAAGCCUGCCCCCUCUUGCCAAGCUACGGCCGCAAAAUGACCGCUCCAUAAAAAGGAGAGAGCCAAAGAGGAAAUCGUUGACCUUUAGCGGUGGGGCCAAAGGACUCAUGGACAUUUUUGGCAAAGGCAAAGAAUCAGAAUUUAAGCAAAAGUUGCUUAAUAGCUGUAAAACCACAGCGGAGGAACUGAAAAAGCUGAUACACCUACAAACAGAGAAACUUCAGUCUCUUGAGAAGCAGCUGGACUCCAGUGAGGCUGAGAUCCGAUACUGGGAGCAGAAGUACAAGUCGAGUUUGGAGGAGGAAAUCGGAAAACUAGAGCAAAAAGUCAAACGUAACGAAGUUGAGAUUGAAGAAGAGGAAUUCUGGGAGAAUGAGCUUCAGAUUGAAGUGGAAAAUGAAAAGCAGCUGAAGGAGCAGUUGCAGGAGAUGACCCAAAGGAUGCUCCAGUGUGAGAACCAAAAAAAGGACUACCAAAACAAAAUCCACACAAUUGAAAGUGGCAUUGAGGCAGAGAAACUACAGAGGGAGGUGCAAGAGUCCCAAAUCAAUGAAGAAAUUGUCAGGGGGAAAAUUGAGAAAAUCAAAGGAGAGCUCGAAAUCCAAAGUCAAGAAAGCCAACGACUGGAAAACGGCGGCAAGGCAGUGGAGAGGUCACUGGGACAGGCAGCGAAGCGUCUCUUGGAACGCGAGCAGGAAUUGGAACAGCUGACCAAAGAACUUCGCCAGGUCAAUCUUCAGCAGUUCAUCCAGCAAACUGGCACUAAGGUCACCGUGCUUCCAGCAGAGCCCAGCGAGACUGAAUUCCCCCAGCCAGAAAAAGAGCCAACCUUCCAGUCUGGAUCCCUAAAAAGGCCAGGCUUUUCCCGACAACUUCCAAGUAACCUGCGUAUUCUCCAAAAUGCCUUGUCAUCGGGAUUCAACCCAGAGGGUAUCUACGUAUAA